GUGGCUGGGCCCGCUCAGACACAGCUAGAAGCUCUGGCAGCGCGUUGCUGACCGAGCCAUGGGCAGCAGGAAGAAGGAAAUUGCUCUGCAGGUCAACAUCAGCACCCAGGAGCUUUGGGAGGAAAUGCUCAGUUCCAAAGGACUAACUGUUGUUGACGUCUAUCAAGGCUGGUGUGGCCCCUGCAAACCUGUGGUGAGCCUCUUCCAGAAGAUGAGGGUCGAGCUUGGCCUGGACUGCCUGCAUUUUGCAUUAGCAGAGGCAGACUGUCUUGAUGUCCUUGAAAAAUACCGAGGGAAGUGUGAGCCAACCUUUCUGUUUUAUGCGGGAGGAGAACUGGUGGCUGUGGUUAGAGGAGCAAACGCCCCACUGCUGCAGAAAACCAUCCUCGACCAGCUGGCGGCGGAGGAAAGGGUGUUGACUGAAGGCAGAGAACGGAAAGUGAUCAAAGAUGAGCCUCUUACUGAUGAAGAUGAAUGUUUUUCCCAUGAAAAGGAUGAUGGUGAAGAUGAGGACAUGGUUUCACUGGGAAAGACUUGUACCUUGGCCAUUAUUAAACCAGAUGCAGUGGUACAUGGAAACACUGACGAGCUCAUAAUGAAGAUCCAAGAAGCUGGGUUUGACAUUUUAACCAACGAAGAGAGAACCAUGACAGAGGCAGAAACGCGGCUUUUCUAUCAGCACAGAGCUGGAGAGGAAGCAUUUGAGAAGCUGAUACAUCAUAUGUGCAGUGGACCAAGCCAUCUCCUGAUCCUUACCAGGACAGAGGGUGCUGAGGAUGUGAUCACUGCCUGGCGAACCCUCAUGGGGCCCUGUGACCCCAACGUGGCCAGGAGGGAGCAACCUGACAGCCUCCGAGCUCAGUAUGGCACACAAAUGCCCUUUAACGCUGUCCACGGAAGCCGGGACAGAGAAGAUGCCAACAGAGAACUGGCGCUGCUCUUCCCCAGUUUCAAGAUUUCAGACGAAGGGACAGAAGCCCCUCAGGGCAGCCAGGUCCAAGGAGCAGUGGGCCCCACCGAGUUGCUGGGCUUCCCCAAGAACGUGGAUUGAGAUGGCUGUAUUGCUCUUCCUGAGCACGUGAUCAGGGGUCAGGCCACAGGAUCAAAUGUUAGUGCACUCAGAUCUGCAGCAUUAAGGACGCCUCCAGAAUUGGAACUCACUCUUUUUUUUUGAGCAACAAUACUUUUUUUCGUUUAACUAUCUUUCAUGGGCAAUGAAAAGAUACACUUUCCUUCCUUAUUAAACAGUAUAUUGAACAUACACUAACAUUUUUUGCUGUCUCUGGAAUUUUUAAAAAUAAAUAAACAUCAGUUACUGUAUUCUGUUGUGACAUGGUGUCAUUUCAGGAGACACUGAGUUACACAGGACAAUGUUUCCCCAACAUUAAUAUACUUUAUAAAUGAAAAACUUUGAGAUUAACUUGGUAACUAUGAACUUGAAAACAGUGCAACAAGAUUGGGCAUGACACUUCCAGGCACAUCGACGCGGAGGCAGAUAGAAACCAGCUCUAAACACCUCUUCGUGUUGCUUAAUGGUCACAGGGACAGAUGUGCCAGCCUGUGGUUCUCCACAAUCCAGGGCGCGUUCAUAAAGCAAUGCUUAAAGGUUAUAGUUGGAACCAGGGUUCACCUUAUUUUCUUGUAAACCUUUUCUCUCCCCUAUUUCUUUGGUUUCUGAUUUUAGAUAAAACCUAAUUUUAAAACCUGAGGACUCCUUGUGGGGCCAGGCUGCCUUCAGCUUCCACUGAACUGCUUGGCUUAGCUGCCUCUUCAUGGUUCUUCUCUUGAAAGGAGGUUUCACAAAAAGUAACUGUUAUUACUUCUAUGAAGGUUAACAUGCACAGUCACUCGCUCUUUACCAGUUUGCUCUUUGGUUUAUUUGUAAAUUCAUCAAGCUCAGUUGUACUCUUUUCUCUCUGACUGAGAAAAAGACCAUAUUCUUCUGCACCAUAGGAUAAAUGUCAGCAAUUUCCUUCUCAUUUGCUGGUUUUCUCCAGGUGUUUGCUAUGACUUGAAGAAGUUCGUAAAAUGGGCAGGGAGCUACCAGAAGAUUGUUCUUCAUGGUUGCAUUAAUCUUUCUGUCAGCCUGCAGCACAAGGUACUCUGUGCCAGGCC